AUGGCUGCAGCAUCCGCUGGGCGGCCUGAGGGCUCGAUAAAUACCCAGCAGACGCAACCUGACAGCGAUACGUCAAGUUCAAAACAGGGUGGGAGUACCACACCACUUGCCGACACUACUGAGCCCUACAAUGAACUGGAUCUUGACAAGCUGGGGAGAGCUCGUCCGGAUGUGUUCAGCAAUGCGUGGGCAGAAGCGAUGUUCUGCUUCUCGAUUGUUAUGUCGCAGGUCUUAUCUGAAUACUUCAUAUCUGGGUUUAAUGUCAUCAUUCCCACGUUGGUGAAACAAUUCGACAUCCCUGAUGCCAUGGCAGUUUGGCCCGCUAGCGCGUUUUCCUUGGUCAUCGCAUCCGUCUUACUCUUUUUUGGCCGUCUUGGGGACAUGAUCGGCGGCUUCCCUGUCUAUGUCGGCGGCAUGGCAUGGCUGUGUGUCUGGUCGAUUAUUGCUGGCUUCUCGCAAAAUCGAUUAAUGCUUAUUUUCUGCCGAGCAUUGCAAGGAUUGGGCCCAGCCGCAUAUCUUCCAACAAGCUUGAUGCUCUUAGCCAACGUCUACCGGCCGGGGCCCCGGAAAAAUUUGGUCUUCAGUAUCUAUGGAACCUGUGCUGUCAUCGGCUUCUUCUGCGGGAUAUUUUUCUCCGGGAUAUGCGCCGAGUACCUUACAUGGUCUUGGUAUUUUUGGAUCGGGGCUAUACUUGUUGCAAUUACUACAACAACGUCGUACUUCUACAUUCCGUCAGAUUCGACCCAGAGGCAAAACCAAGGCAUUAAGAUGGAUUACCUAGGCGCUGCCGUCAUAAUUCCUGGUCUCGUUCUGACUGUCUUUGCGAUCACAGACAGCGCGCAUGCAGCGAAUGGCUGGAAGACGCCAUACAUCAUCGUUUGCUUUAUACUAGGGUGUUUGUUUCUGGUGAGCGCAGUUUACGUUGAAGGCUGGGUCGCUGAGCACCCACUAUUGCCAUUCGAUCUAUUUCAAGUGCCGCACAUGAAGCCGUUGGUAGUGGCACUCGUUUUCUUCUAUGGUUCAUUUGGUGUUUUCUUACUCUAUGGCACAUUAUAUAUGGUACAUGUCAUGGGGGCAUCCCCCAUGCAGGUAGUUGCAUGGUCUACUCCAAUGGUCGUUGGUGGAUUCAUCUUCCCGCUUGCUGUGGGGAUUUUCCUUCAUCUGGUAUCAGGGACGAUACUCCUGGCAGUUUCCACGUUUGCAUGGAUCGGAUCCGGCCUCUUAUUCGCUCUCAUGCCUGAAGGCGCCUCGUACUGGGCUUUUGCCUUCCCUGCUAUGAUUUGCGCCACGAUGGGCAUUGAUAUUACGUUUAACAUUACUAAUAUUUUCAUUACCACAAAGCAGCCUAGUGAACGACAAGGCCUCGCGGGAGCUCUGAUAAACUCCGUUCUCCAUCUCAGCAUCGCGCUGUUCCUCGGCUUUGCUGAUGUUGCACAAGUCGAGAUGGAACAUUUGGGUCGGCGAAAAAGCUAUCAGGUUGUGUUUUGGUACCAAGUGGGAUGCUCUGCGCUGGCGUUUGCAAUCAUGGCGCUGUUGGUGCGUGUGUCGCGAGCAAAGAGCGAGUUGACUAUGGAUGAGCGGCGCCAGAUGAUAAUGAUGGAAGCCGGGCAACAACCCCAGCCAGCAGCUGUCUAG